CGCACCAUGUCGACGGUGGAGCGGACGCGAUAGACCGUUUUCUUUUUUCUUUUUUAUCGGACACCACCAUUCGCCGGCCGGGGUUCGUUGUGUUGAUUACGGACGAAGAAUAAUGUUCGCGCCAUUCACACCAAGUGAUACCAAGUGAUUCCGAACGGCAAUCGAACCAGCCGAGUGGCCAGCAUCGAGAUGCGUGUGGCAAGGUUGAUGCGCAGCCUGAUACGGUCUCCCCUACGAAAGAAGAUCCAACUCGGUGAGCUGAUCGUGAAGCUGCUGUUUGUCGUGUGCUGUGGCAUCAUCACGGUGCUGCUGAUCAUACACAAGUACGAGAAUUUGGACAACUUUAAGCGGACACUCUACUACCGGUACAGCGAUGAUGGUGGAUUCUUUGCAGUACCACGCAACCUGAAUGGCGAGAAGAUCGAUUGGCACAACUAUGAGCUGAUUGAGCAGGAGGCGAACCGUGUUGGACCGGGAGAGCAUGGAAAGCCGUACCGGUUGACCGGUGACGAGGCGAAUGCUCUCAACGAGAAGCUGUUCAAGGAGAAUGGCUAUUCGGCCGUGGUCAGUGAUAUGAUCGCGCUGAAUCGCUCCGUACCGGACAUUCGACACAUCAGCUGCCGAACGAAACAGUAUCUACGGGAGCUGCCCACCGUGAGUGUGAUUGUGAUCUUCUACAACGAACACUGGAGUGCGCUACUGCGGACGGUGUACAGUGUCCUGAAUCGAUCACCGGCCUCGUUGCUCAAAGAGGUGAUCCUCGUCAACGAUCACAGUACGAAACCUUUCCUGUGGGCACCGUUGCGUGAGUUUGUCGAGUCAGAGCUAGCUCCAAAGGUACGGUUGAUCGAUCUGCCCGAGCGAUCCGGUUUGAUCCUGGCACGGAUGGCCGGUGCCCGGGAGGCCCGUGGUGACGUUCUGAUCGUGCUGGACUCGCACACGGAAGUGAACAACAAUUGGCUUCCACCACUGCUUGAACCCAUUGCGGAGGACUAUCGGACCUGCGUUUGCCCGUUCAUCGACGUGAUCGCACACGAUACGUUCCAGUAUCGGGCACAGGAUGAGGGUAAGCGAGGUGCAUUCGAUUGGAAGUUCUACUACAAGCGGUUGCCGCUGCUACCGGGUGAUCUCGAGGAUCCAACGAAACCUUUCAACAGUCCGGUGAUGGCCGGUGGACUGUUUGCGAUCAGUGCCAAGUUUUUCUGGGAGCUCGGUGGUUACGACGAGGGGCUGGACAUCUGGGGUGGUGAGCAGUAUGAGCUGAGCUUCAAGAUCUGGCAGUGUGGUGGCCGGCUCGUAGAUGCCCCUUGUUCACGCGUUGGCCACGUCUACCGGGGUUACGCACCGUUCGGGAAUCCACGCGGCGUAAACUUUGUCGUGCGGAACUUUAAGCGUGUGGCCGAGGUGUGGAUGGACGAGUACGCCAAGUUUCUGUACGAGCGGAAUCCACUGUUCGAGCGGACGGAUCCCGGUGAUUUGACGGCGCAGCGGGAACUUCGCGAACGGUUGCAGUGCCGUCCGUUCAAGUGGUUCCUCGAGGAGAUUGCUCCGGAUCUGCUGGUACGCUAUCCGGUGCGUGAACCGCAACCAUUCGCUUCCGGCCGGGUACAGAGUGUGGCCGAUCGGCGCCUAUGCCUGGACUCGCUGAACCAUCAAGCGAAGCAACCGAUCGGACUGUACACGUGUGCCAGUAAUCGAACGCAUCCGCAGAACAACCAGUUCUUUACGCUUUCGUUCCAUCGGGACAUUCGGGUGCGUAGCAAUGACAAGUGUCUGGAUGCGAGCCGGCUGCACGAUGAGGUCAUCCUGUUUAGCUGCCACGAAUCGCAGGGCAAUCAGAUGUGGCGAUACGACUACGAAUCGAAAAUGAUUAUCCAUGGCAAGGAGCAUAAUGGUCGCUGUCUGGAGGCGAACAUCGUUAAGCGGAAGGUGACGGUUGGUAGCUGUGAUGAGAGCAAUCCUGCGCAACAGUGGGACUGGGGCUACGUCAACUUCGUUCACCUACAGAACUGGGACGUUUACGGGGCCAAGUUUGUCAACUAGCGCCCAUUUCGGAGGAUAUGUUAAGUGAACUUUGCUGUAAGAGAGCGGUACACUACUGAUCGGGAUGUAAAAUAUAGAGUAAUGCUGGAUUGAGACUGAGAUUUUAAAGCAGGAUUGUAAAAUAAAUCUUUGUACAAAUGCACGUUCGUUCGGUGCCGCGAUUGGUUUUGAAGAUUAAUUAAUGAAUAGAGCUAUAAACGACUUGCCACCUUCUAGUUGUUUGCAUUUGUCUGAUCGUUGAACGGCAUUCAGGGAAAAACGUAAAAAUGAAUUUACCAGCCUUCCGACGAUUUUUCCGCACGCGAUCAACCGAUUCACGUUGGGCGAACGUAGAAGGAUCUUCUUGGGAAAUUGUAAUGACCAACGCGUAAAAAGAACACUAAAGUUGUGGUCUUGCGAUCACUAGACAACCGACAAAUUGUGUUUAUAUUUAAGCGAAGGCAAAAGGAGAUAAUCGCUAAUAAGCAAAAGAUAGAUCGAUAGAAAAUAAAAUUUUACGAGA